AUGAUCGAAGGUAUCGCUGAUGUGGCAUCUCUCUUUUCAUGUGGUUUCAUUCGACUGAACCGUGAGCUCAGUCUUGGUGCAGAGUAUAAGCAAAUCGUUUUGGUCUCUUUAAUGAUUUGUAGUGCUGCGUUCACGGCUCACAUGAUCGGGAAUAUGCUAAUCGCAGUCAACCGAUAUUCUGCGGUCUUCCUCAUGCAGAGAUACGAUACGAUAUGGUCCCGAAGAAAUGUGUUUAUCCUCAUAGUAGUCCAGUACGGUGUGGCUUUUGUCGCUUGUAUACAUCUUGCAGGUGCAGAGAUGGUUUACACCACGAAUACCCAAGGAAUAUCAACUUACAAGGGGGUGGAUAAACACGCCGAUCUG